ACAAAUAUCAUCCAGACUUUACUUUUGGGAGUUUGUGUGCUUCCAAAUAUUGUGUUAUUUAUCCUUAUUAUUCGCGAUGUCAACAUUUCACAUAAAAUAACCCGAUUUCUUGUCCAUUUCCGGUCUCGCGCGGACGUUUUCUUCUUUUGCUCAAAGUUUAUGUGGCAAAAAAUAGCACAAGAAGAUAAACGGGUAAACACAAGUUAGAAACAAAAGAUGGCAUUAAUCAAAUUUCGUUACAAAGUCCGUUUGUUCGAAUGUUGGUGCAUUAUCUGGGGUUAUUAUCCGUCUUGUUACAUUUUGCGGGUUCUGCUUACUCAAACUCGGCCAAAAUCCCACGAUCUUCUUUUUUUUUUUUUUUAAGUUGGCAUGAUAUAGACCAGAAUUUUCCAUUUCACUUAGAUUGACAACACACAGUUGACAUUUUAAACUGUGCUAAACUGGGGAAAAUAAAGUACAGAAAACUUAAUAAACUGGUUAAAUGGUAUUAAUAAGGCGGGGAUGCUUCAAAUUUGCUUCAUGAACGGUGCAAUCAAUAGGAAAUAACCCAAAUCUUAUUGACAGCUGUCAAAUUGCAACAGUAUAUGUUUUAAAAUGACAAAAAGUCACUAAGAACACACCUUGUAACAACACCAAUUAGUUGCAUAUGAAUUAGACUGUAAUUACAAGCACAAAUCACCAACUAUAAAUUUGAUCAAAACACACCAGAGUACACCAAGUAUGCUGACAAAAACCAACAUGAAUUAAAUCUGCAAGCGGCGAUGAAUUGACGCCAUGUCCAGACGACGUCGGGAAAAAAAAAAAGAUUAUAGUUGUAUAGUUGUUAUACGCACACAAGACAGUCAACAUUACAUGUCAACAUUACAUGUCGUACAAUUUUCAUCAAUUAUUUCUUUACUGCUGUGGCAAGUGGCCCAAAAUCUCCGGCCGUUGCCAAGCGUCCAAUGUGUGUCUGUAAAUCGAGCCCCCUUUUCACUACUCUUACUAAACCCUUUGGAAUUUCAUUAAUCUGCGUGGGUGUGUGCAAGCGGCACAAGUUAGCUCAAGAUAGCCACUGUCGCUAUGCGGAGUUCAACUCGAGCGUAAACUCAUAAUACAAGAGGAUUCGGUUAACAAUAGUGCAAGUGCAUUUUUAACAAGGUCUCAAACAUACAACUUUAUUUAUACAAUGCAUAUUACAACAGCUGUAACAAAGUGCUUCAUAAAUCACAAAAACAGUGAAAAUAAUCAAUUAAAAUAUAUAUUAAUACACAGUAACAUGUUUUGUAUUGGUCCAAGUGAAUCCACAUUAGCGUCACUGCCCGACGUCAUUUCUUUUGUGCGGAACAGCCGUCGAGUGUGAUCCGCCUUCGGCCAAAUAGGUCGUGGCGUUGCGUUUCCCCCCGAGUCGUCAGACUCCGCCUACCAAAGGGCUGGAGCAGUGGUUGCAGUGUGUGUCAAGAGCACAAAAGACAGGAGCCUCUCUUGCACCUUCAUUGCUAAUUGCCCCCAUGUAGCGGUGGAGACAUCAGCUCAGGGACGUUUUUUUUCUCUCAAGAGUUUGGCAAUUUUGUUUAUGCUCUGCGACUGUCUUCCUUCUUUCCGCUUGUUCGGGGUGUGCCUUCUUAAGGAAGCAACAUUCGGAUCGCUUUUGUUCUGCGAGAGCCAGAAGCAGCAGCCAUGGCGGUGAGGCAAAGAAUCUUCAACUCCACCGCCCCGUUCUCCGGGGCGCCGCUGGCCGACCUGAAGACCCCGUACCCAAAAUGCACAGCUGUGGAGAAAGGGACGCAGCAGCAUCACAAACGGGAGCGGCAAAAGCAGCAAGGGGAAGAGGAGGAAGUGGACGAAGAGCAGUGGAAGAGCAGCAAAGUGGACUACAUUGCACGCUUGAGCCCGCUGUUGAACAAAGUGCUGACUCAGGGCACUGCCGAGCAAGUCGGAGAGGCACCGCUGAAGAGCUCCGCCUUCAUUGCACAGGCUGAAUGUGAAACCCAGGAUUCCCAAGAAUUUAGUCCAUCUUGUUUUGAGCGUUCCUACGUUCCUUCCUCGAGCUGUUGCAUCAUCAGUCACAACAACGUGGCGUGUCCGACCACCGCCUCCGUCCAAGCGCCGGUCCCGCUCAACCCGAAGAAGAAGCCCCGCAAAAGGGUGAAGCGCAAAGCUCGGAAAAAGGUCCCCUGGGAGACGAAGAAGAAAGAGGAGGGGGGGGAGCGACGUAGCAGCUACCACACAGAUACCGCCGUGCCCUCUGGUGUCCCCGAACAAGAAAGCGGAAGUUCUCUGGAGCACAUCAGAGAAGAUUCGCCGCAAGGACGAAGCAGCCCCCUCAUUUCCUCCUGCUGGAGCAGCGUGAAGAGCUCAGAGGAGGAGAAUGUAGCGCCCCCUGUCUAUGGCGCUAAGCUCUACAACACGGGCUCCAGCUGCUCCCCGCUGGCCUGGGCUGAACUCUUCCCAGGCACCUCGCCUCGCCUCUGCUCCUACGCGCCGGACAGCGACUCGCUCAGCAGCGCCGGCGACUGCUCGCUGGCCCUCGUCGGCCUGCGGGGCAGCGUCAGCCAGGGUGACCCGUGCUACGCGGGGCCCUUCUUUAAGGAGGUGGAGCGCGGCGCUUGGGAAGAGGAAGAAGACGUGUGGCGGUCCGUCGACAACGAGGGGAUCAUUUUUUACAACGAGAAUAUCCAGCCUGUUGAUGCAGAGUAUAAGGAAGGAACGGAGUUUGUCCUAUCGGAGUUUAUCAAGGGAGGCUCCUACGGCGAAGUCCACGGUGCUCGAGAUGUCAACACAGGCUUCAAGUUUGCUGUCAAAAAGAUUGCCCUGAAGAGGUUCAACAGCGAGGAGGUGAGCACGUGGAGUGCCCUCCGAUCUCCUCGCAUCCUAGAGCUCUUCGGAGUUGUCCGAGACGGGCCUUAUGUUUUCUUUCUCAUGGACCACAAAACUGGCAAGUACUUCUUCAGCCUUACCCGCAAUAAUCAUAUCGCUAUAAAAAUAAUAAUUCACCGUGUCCAUCCAGGCUCGCUCGGCCAGCUGAUAAAGCAGCACGGGCGGCUGCCAGAGGACCUGAGCCUCUUCUACCUGCUGCAAGUCGCAACAGCGCUCGAGUACCUGGCCAAGAAGAAAGUGGUGCAUCUUGAUGUUAAAGCCGACAACGUACUGCUGUCCGAGGACGGCAGAGCCUGCUUCCUGUGCGACUUUGGCCACGCCGAGAGAUUGGACGCUGCCGGGCUAAGUCUCAGCGGGUCCCGAGCAGACCUGAAGGGUACCGAGACGCACAUGUCCCCUGAAAUGGUGAAAGGCGAACCCCGUGGAGACAGAGCAGAUGUGUGGAGCAGCUGCUGCAUGUUACUGCACAUGCUCAACGGGUGCCAACCUUGGACUAGAUAUUACACUUGUCGACUCUUCUUAAAGAUCGCCAACGAGCCGCCGCCGCUCCAAGAAAUCCCGCCUCACUGCGGCCCCCUCACGGCGAACUUGAUCAAGGCGGGACUGCAGAAGGAUCCCAACAAGAGAGCGUCAGCCAGUGACAUGAAGGAACACGCGGCCAGAGCGCUCAAGCAAGUUGGCGGACUCAGAAGCCCAUGGAACAUAUCCUACAAGGAGCCUCUUUAUUUCGCCAACAAACCUCCGGACUUCCUACCGUCGGCGCGAGAAGACGAUGAGGAGAAGAAAACGGACUGCGCGAUCGUGAACGACAGCGAUGAAGACGAAGCUGACACUUGUGAGCGAGGACAACAUUUUCAUUCAAACCAGUCGAAAAAUAGGAGCACCAACACUGUUCCGGAACUUGAGCUGCGUAAACUGGAGCGAGAUUUCUAUCUGAGCAGCCUUUCCCAGCUUCACUCUGCUGAGAUGCAAGAACAGCUCUUGUCUUGUCUCAGCAGCGACACCUACUCCAUCCGCGAUCCGUGGGACAAAAAGGACUCGGGCCGCUGGUCUCUGAGCCCAGCUGAUGACUACAGCUCGGGAGUCUGCAGCGACACCAGCCAGCUAGACAGGCAGCAGAGCGUCAGUCUGGACCUGCCGGGCCAUUCGCCGCCGCCUCAGCCGUGCUGUUUCCAAGGGGUGGACGUCUGCAUCAGAGACUUCAACGGGACAACCAUCCAAAUCCGAGAGACGCGGCGGGUGAAGGUGGGCCACAUCGCCACCGGUAUUAGCGAUCAGAUCUCUGAGAGAGUUUUCACAUUGGAGACGCAGCUGGGCUGCACAGUGGCUCACGGCGACGAGGUGCAAGAGUCGGGCUUGAAGCUUCGCUGCGUUCUGGCUCCUGACUUCAGCGGCUCCUGGAGGUGGAGGAUCAGAGACGGAGUGCUGGAAACUAGAUGAGCGUUAAACAAAAGUGAAAUCACUGACAUGAUUUCAUGUCAUUUUCUGGCUUUUGUAGCCCCUCACAGCCAUCAACCUCUAGAUCUUCUUUAUAGGUCUGUGACUAUGUGGCUGAAUUUUUAAAUGCUGAUCCUGUACUUAACCUUAAUAAAAGACUGAAUCAUUACAUAAAAUAAAAUGCAAAAACUCUUGAUUGUGGAAAAAUACACAUGUAAUUGUUUUAUAUUUAAAAAAUUGCAGUUUAAAUCUGUUAUGUUCUCUUGAUCUGCAUUUGGACUAAAUUGUCCAUUGGGUGUUUAUCUUGUUAUAUACAAGUUUAAAAAAAAAUACAGAGGAAAACGAAAUGAGUUAAAGGUUUAAUAGCCAUAUAACAACAAACAAACUCAUUUUCAAAGUGUUUUUUUUUUUUUUUUCGGGGGCUUGCUUUGAAACUUGUAGAAAUGUAAUAGAAAAGGUGAAAAUUUCAGUAUAUAAAAAAAAAAUAAACAAGACCAAGGCACUGACAAACAACAAAUCUUUUUUUUUUUUUUUUGCUGUGUAGACAAAACUGAUUUUUGAAUGACUUGUUCAGAAUAAAGUAUUCAAACAAGUGA